UUAUUUUCUUAAUUUCUUUCUUUUGUCAGUAAGUUACUGUGAACUCUUAUUUUCUUUUUCUAUUAAGACAGCGCCUAGUUGCAUGUUUUAAUGUUCUUUUUUGGCACACAAUCUGAGGCCUACUACUUUAUAAAAAAAAUAUUUCAAUGAAUUGACACUAUCGGUUGAAUAUGUUUAUUUGCCUUACGUUCAUUUCCUGACAGUUUAAACAAAAACACACUAUGCUUUAAAUAAUACAAUCCGACAGACAACUAAACAAAAGUAAAAAAGCUGGUUUUAAACCAAUUUUGCGGAGACGUUCUCAGUCUUUGUUGAAAGAUAUUAAAAGCGACGAGCAUUAUACUUUCAAUAUUUUGUUAAAAAUCUUAUGCAGUGCUUUUGGAUAUGUUAUAACUAUUGUGCAAUAUUUAAGCACUUCUUGGUAGUAUUAGUUUAUUUUUCCAUCAAAUCAACAGCUGCCCUUUAAUUGCAUGCCAAUUGCCCCAAAAUCCCACCACCCCGCACCUGUUCGCUUUAUUACGACCGGCACUGUGCGAAGUUUUGCUCCCGCAGACGAGGUCUCAAUCGUCAGUUUGGAUUUGUUUUUCGCUGCGUGCAGUUCGCUUGGCAGACCGGGUCUGCAGUUUAUAUAUACACCCAUUCUUGGAUUUCGCGUGGUGGCUAGCUCGUCGACGGCCGUAAAGCAGGACUACAACGAGUACAUGUGGACGAUGCGCAAGGAGUUCGAUGAACCAGAACCUUUGGAGACAGAGUCCGUAGUGCGCGAGAAUCUAUCGAAUAUUGGCCGCGAGGCAGCCAGUUUAGGCAACUAUCACAAGGUGGAUUCGCCCGAAUAGGGA